CGCCACAGCGACGCCGGAUGAUGAUGUUUGCACUUUCACCGUUCCCCCUUUUCCCAACCCUUCACUCGCUUUAUUUUAUCCUCCCCCCGCCUUCCUAUGUCACCGGGGCUUUAACACUUUAAAAAUAGCUGCCGCUCGUUCAAUACUCAAGGCCAAAAGACCAUUGUUUGUGAACGAUUUCUCCGGCAGCUAAAGUAGCCGCCUUGCUCUCAACCGUCGGAAGUAAACGGUCAUGUUGAGGGCAAACUGGAUGUUUGUGUCUGUGAAACAGUCCAAACCCCUGAUAGUUUUAAUCAUGAUAGUUUCAUUCCUGUCUCUGUGGAUAUUGUUACCCGCACGGUUUGCCAACCCGGCAACAGCUGGAUAUUAUGUGAAAUCGCCUAGACUAGCUGAGAAAAAUCUCUACAAGCUGGAUACUGAAUGGCCUAAGUUUCCAAAAUUUUUCACAGGUCAGGUGUUUGGUGUUGCAGUCGACCCAGUGGCAGAUAUUGUUUAUGUGGCGCAGAGAGGAGAAUCGGUAUCAAAAGUUUUGGUGUUUACAGAGCAUGGAUACUUUCUCCAAGGGUGGAAUACUACAACAAUUGAGAUGCCACAUGGGAUAUUUGCAGCUAAUACAUUGCCUUCAUCAACUGUGUGGGUGACAGAUGUUGGUAAUGGUAUGAUUGGAAAAUAUGGACACACAGUCAAACAGUACACUUCAUUUGGAAAACUUCUUCAAACUCUGGGAACACCUGGAACUCCUGGCUCUGGUUUAAUUCCAUUGCAAUUUGAUCAACCAGCAGAAGUAUUUGUUUCUAAAAAGGGAGAAAUAUACAUUGUGGAUGGUGAUGGAGGCUUAAAUAACAGGCUAAUCAAACUAGCACAAGGUUUUGGGAUAGUUUGGAUGAAAGGAGAAAAGGGAGCUGGACCUUCUCAAUUUUACAUUCCACACAGCGUAACUGAGGAUACUGUAGGGAGGAUCUGGGUAGCUGACAGGGGCAACAAGCGUUUGCAAGCAUUUGAUGCAGCUUCAGGAGAAUGGCUAGGGUCCUGGGCCAGUUGCUUCACAGAUGAUGCCCCUUACUCUGUUAGGCUAACAUACGACAACAAGUACUUCGUUGUGGCCCAGCUGAACAGCAACAGAAUAGUUUUUUUAUCUGUCCCACCAAUAGGAGACAUUGGGACUUGUCUGAUAGUGGAUACAAUUCAGUUGGCUGAUGAUGUGAAACCCCACCUAGUGGAUGUUAAUCGCAAAACUGGUGCCAUUUAUGUGGCCGAAAUUGGUGCACAACAGGCACAGAAAUUUAUACCAAAUAGCAGAAGAUAAUUUCAUACCAUCAGUUACAGUUAUACUGCCAUCAUUACAAUGAUACAAAGUGGCUUCAGUUGUGCAUUAACAUAAGAAUGGCAGUAUAAUGCAGGUGUCAUGCCCUGACCUGAACCUUGAACAUACUAAUGCAGAGCAGCUUAACGUGGCAGUGGCAUGACUGCAGUCAAAUGUAAAGCCAGAUUUUUUAAAUCGCUAGGCUGAGAAUUGAACCAGGAAGAUCCCAGGUUUUAUUCCAGUCUCAGCGAGGGCUAGAUUGG